AUGCUGCACCCUCCUGAUGACAUUUGGGUCGUACCUUCCUCAUCAAAAUUGUCGUCGUCUCGCAACCGGCCGCCUGCUGUGGGCGAACCGGCUCUGCCACUGCCGUGGGACCCGUCUCGAAGAUGCCGGGGGAGGUGUUGUCUUGCAGGACGCCCAGGCAGAAAGCGUCUGCGCCGUCGCGCGUCCCCACUCCCGGCGAGGCGGGCGGCACCGACCCGGGGCGGCCCAUGA